AAUGAAGCCGCCACAUAGAAUCCUCAGAAUUCAUUUCAUGAUUUCAUCGAAUCCUCAGAAUUCACUCAACUUCAAGAAAUGGCUACAAGUUGAAAAUUUGGAAAAGGGUAUGUGUGGUGAGAGUAGGCCUGUGUUUUUUAGAGGGGUUGCCACUAUAGUCACCAAGUUGUUUAAUAUAGUUGAACCUGAUUUUGCUGUGUUUGGGAAGAAGGAUUAUCAGCAAUGGCGUCUUAUUCAGAGGAUGGUUCGAGACCUUGAUUUUUCUAUAAAAGUGAUUGGUUCUGAAAUGGUUCGUGAUGAUGAUGGCCUAGCAAUGAGUUCAGGCAAUGUUCACCUCUCACCUGAACAAAGAAAACAGGCAUUGUCAAUAAACAAGUCUUUGUCAAGAGCUAGAAUUGCUGCAGAAAAAGGUCACGUUAAUUGUCAAGAGUUAAGAGAUAUGGUCAUCAAAGCAAUCCAUGAAGCUGGUGGAAAAUUCGAUUAUGCUGAGCAUAUUGUUGACCAAGAAAGUUUGAAGGUUGAGGAAGAAAUUACAAGUCCUGUUGUGUUUUGCGUUGCUGCAUGGUUUGGGAAAGUGAGAUUGAUAGACAAUAUGGAGAUCUUCAUUCGAAAUGGUGAUCUAUAGUAACCCAACUUUUUGACAAGAAAUUUGGACCCAUUUCUUCUUUUAAUAAUGCUCAUGUUUACAAUGUUGUUCACAAAUAAGCCGUGCACAAUUUGUAGUAGGCUGUCUUAUAAAGAUCAAUAAAGCUAUGUAUAGAGAUUCUUUUCAUAUGGGCACAUUUCUUCAUGUAUAUAUUUUCAAUGAAAAAGAUGGAAAUUUUGCAUUGGUUUUUGACC